AUGGCGGCCCAACAACCUGAGCUCGAUCACACGUUUGUGAACUUGACCGAUGACCCGGCGGAGGGCCGAGGCGCAAGGCGCACGUAUAUUCGACGCGCUGUAAUGAAAAACUUCCACAAGCGCCGAAACCAGAAGAAGAGGGCCUCAAGGAAUGAGGGCGAGGCGACCUCAUCAAGCAUUCCCGAAAAUGGACCCCUGGAACCGGUUACCUUGAUUGACUGGCAAUCAGGCCCACCAUCCCGUGCCCUGAUACCCAAUUUUCUACUGUUCGAACAGAGGAAAUUAUCCGGUCUACCAAUGAUGCAAAUCAGCAAUUUCAUACUACGGUUUCUAUGUGGACAAGCCUCAAAAGUUGCACACGACUCGUCCUUGGUGGGAUUCGUUCAUCCCUCGUCCGAGCAUGAGCUGGAAGUCAACUUGGAGGGCGCUGCUAUGAAGCCGAGUCCUCUAAAGACAUGUCAAAACUUACUGCGGGCGUACGGCUCGUAUAAAAGCGACACUCUCAGUUGGUCUGUGGAUAAAGAACCGUUGUGGGAAAUGAUUCACCAACAUCAGGAAUGGAUAUACUCAAAGGCAAGAGAACCAGCUUCAUGCUCCAUAGAGUUAUUAAUUCCCACAUUUAACCCAUGGGAGCUGUUGUCUGCUGCACAGUGUCUUGCAAUCUACGUCCUCUUGAGGGUUAAGCUUGGGAAGAACAACCGGUCAUUCCCAAACGGAGAUAUUGCGCUUCUUUACACCCUUGGGGCUCUUUUCAGACGCCUCCAGUUUGAACGCUUACUUGACAUUACGCAUCAUCCCAGUGACGACUGGAGACAGUGGGUGUUUUGCGAAUCCUUCAUCCGCAUCGCCACGAUUUACUUUACCCUGAACGUGAUUGUAUCAAUGGAAUUCGGAUUGCCUUGCAACAGUCCACAAGACUGGAAUAUUGAUGACAUGCCGCUGCCAGCUUCAAAGGCCUCGUGGGGCGCCCAGAACACUACAGAUUGGACAAAAUUUACAAAAGUUUUGCCUCCAUACAAACAGCUAAAAUGGAGAGACUUGUUAAGUCCGGCAGCUUCAAAUGACUGUCCGGUUGAAGAGUGGAAAGAAAGUUCAGAUGAACUGGGCAUGGUUGUCACAAUGGCAAUGACUGUAAGAGCCCAGCAGCUACGCGAUCGAAGUCAAUCCUCCUCGUCGAGCAGAAUGCUAUAA